GAAACGAAUCCACAUUACUCUUUUUAAAUGCUUCCCAACGCUAGAUAUCUGAAACAUUUUCCGAUCAUCACUAAGCCAAUUCCACUGAAAUCUAAUGGCUUUGGUGGAGCUGAAAGUUGGCAUGCACUGCGAAAGAUGCAUCAAGGCCAUCAAGAAAGCCAUCAGGAAAAUUGAAGAUAUUGAGACUUACAGGGUUGAUGCAGAACUCAACAAAAUGACAGUUACGGGUAAUGUUACAGCUGAGGAGGUGGUUAGGGUUCUGCAGAAAAUUGGCAAGACUGCAACGUCUUGGAAUGAAGAGCAUCAACUUUGAAGGUUUUUUAAUGUUCAGAUAAAGAGAGAACGGAGUCAUUAAUGGCUUCUUGUUCAUGAAAUGGAUGGGGAAUUUUCUUGUACUUGCUUGAUGGAUUUAAAUCUAAUCUUAUUUUACGUCGAGGAUAAAAUAGUUUUUCAUAUAUAAUUUUAGGAAGGUUUACAUAGUACCCCUCAAUUCCUAUGUAUUUACAUAUAUAACACAUAAAUUUCAAUGUUGCAUACAU